AUGGCAACAUUGGGUCUGCCACGUCGGGAUUCAAUGAAACAUUUAGAUUUAUAUGAUUUAGAUGAUCUAGACAAAAAUCAUAUGUUUUCAACAUUCUCAUCAAAGGAACAACGAUCGAAUAAAGAACCUUCAACAGGAUCAUAUUCAUCAAAUGACCGCAUAGUCAAACCAACAAGAACAGAAAAUUCGAUAGUUCCAUCAAGAAGGAAUUAUAAACCACCGCAACAAAAUCAACAACAACGAUUAAAUGCUUACAUUCAACCAGAAAAUGUAGUGUUAAAACAAGAAAAUGCAGUGUUAAAACAAGAAAGUAUUGAAUCGAGUGAAGGUGAUAAACAAGAAAAUUCUUCAGACGAUGACAGUGAUAAUGAAGAUAAAACCGAAUCUGAUAAUGACGAUACAAAGGGAAAAGAUGAGGAUUCUGACAGACGCCAAUCAUCAUCAAGUAAAAGUAGUAGUAGCAGCAGUAGCAGCAAUGCUACUAGUAGUGGUAGUUCAGACGAAGAACAUAGCGGUGGCAGUGACAAUAAUGGUGAUGAUGAUGAUGAUGCUCGCUUAGAUAAUGAACAAAAGAAAGAUAAAUGA